UGGAACUGCAAUCAUACGAAAUAUGAGUGGUUCCUCAGCUUUCAUGGCCAUUGCUCAUAUUUUCUUGUGCUAUUUCCUCUUUCUCUCUUUUAAUAACCCAUUUGGUCACGGUGCUACCGUGGUGGAGAAAAACAAUUCACACGCCAUGCCAUCUCACUGCUUAGGUCCUCGAAAAGGUUUGCGGGUGGUCCAUAAAUACGGGCCCUGCUCACCAUUUGGCCUAAAGAAAUCAACCACCGUUUCGAGCCAGAUUCUUGCCCAAGACGAUCGCCGGGUUCGGUUAAUUUAUUCCGGGGUAUACAAUAGGCGUGCAGGUGUCCAUGGAAGGGCGGGAGACCAUGAUUUUCUAAAAGACUCACUAGGCGCUAGCAAUUAUGUUGUGCAAGUUGGUUUUGGCACACCCGUACAAACUUUUCAUUUGAUUAUAGACACGGGCAGUUACAAAACCUGGGUACAGUGCCAACCUCCUACGAUGUUUUCCUGUCCGACACAACGAAACCAGUCACUGUAUUAUCCUUCUUGUUCCUCAACUUACUCUAAUACCACAUGUUCGGCGCCUCCUUGUAAUGAAAACGAUGGAGAGAAAUACAAGGACAAAUCCGAAGUCGCCGGAACAUAUAUGGUCGAUACGCUUCAUAUAGAGGACGAGUAUGAGAUUCCUAAAUUUGUUUUCCUUUGUGCCGAUCAUGUAGAAGGGAACUUUGACGACGCAAAUGGGAUACUAGGCUUAGGUCUGGGCAGCACAGGAUAUGGUGGUAACUAUGCACUUACAUCCCAAACUGCAGCAAUGUUUCACAAGGUUUUUUGUUAUUGUCUUCCUCAAUUGGAAGACUCAAAUGGAUAUGUUUAUUUUGGUGACAAAGCCCGUGAGAACUGCCCCUUUUCUGGUUCUUACACACCGCUUCUAAGGGGUACAUUAGAUCCCAGCUUUUAUCAUGUAAAUCUUAUUGCCAUAACAAUAGGCCAGAAAAGAGUCGAUAUCGGCACUGCUUCUGGUGUAUCAUCUCCCAGAACCAUUUUAGAUUCAGGAACUGUUAUUACUCGCCUACCUUCUUCGGUCUAUUCGGUGCUGCGCUCGUAGUUCAAAGGAUUGAUGUUGAAAUACCCUCCUGUUGCUCCUCCUGAGGAGGAUGGUAAUGUACUGGAUACGUGCUAUAACCUGGAGGGGUAUGGUAAGCCAGAAAUACCUACAAUGGUACUGCAUUUUGAAAAUUUGGACUUAAAUUUGGACGAAACAGCAGUUACCUGGAAAGCCAAUGGCAUGUCUCAAGUUUGCUUGGCAUUUGCUGAAA